GGGGCGGGCCGCUCCACCCGGGUGAUACUUUCCAGGUCGGAGUGUGGCCUGAGCCUCGCCGAUGACGUCACGGCGGGGCCGGGCUGACCCUGGUGCCAAGAGGCCUCAGCGGUGAGAGCGCGCCAGCCGCACCCUACUCCAAUGGCGGCGGCCGGAGGGCCGGAGCCGCUGGUGGAGGUCCCCGUCGCGGAGUCCGCGCCGCCGCCGGCCUGCCGCUUCUUCCUGGAGGGCCGCUGCCGCUUCGGUGCCCGCUGCCGCCAGCCCCACCCCGGGACGCCGGCGCCGCCGCCGCCGCAGCCAAAAGGUGAAGCCGAAGCCGGGGCCAAGAAGCCGCCGCUGCGCACGGCUGCGGCCGUCAUCCAACGCAUCCGCUGGGACCCGCGCCUCGACCCGGCCGACUUCUCCGUGGGCUACGUCGAUCGCUUCCUGGGCGUGCGCGAGGAGCCCUUCCUUGCCUUCUGCUGGGACGCGCCUUUGGCGGCGCUCGGGCCAGGCGUCCUGGCCGUGCCGCAGCACCGGGUGCGCUACUUCCGCUUCCGCGGCCGCCUGGUGUGGGACCGCGCCUCGCGUACUGACCUCAUCUUCGGCUCGGGCUUUGCGGCGGGUCGCGGGCCCACGAUCCUGGACGCGCUCGACAUCGGAGAGGCAGCCGCCGGCGAGGACGCACACGACACCGCGUACUCGAACGACGGCGUUGACACGCACGGGACUGGAGGAGAGCGCUGCGGCGUGGACGCGCAAGACACUGGGGACGCGCACGACGGCCGGGCCACGGCUAGGGACGUGCACGGGACACUGGGCACAAAUAACGGCCAGGGCGCGCACGGGGUCGGAGGUGCGCGCGACGCCGUGGAUGCUCACAGAACUGGGCACGUGAAUGAUGGCGAGGACGUGCACCGGGCCAGAGAUACGCUUGGCGGUGGGGACACUGAUGGGGCCGAAGAUGCACUGGACGGAGCGGCUGCGACUCAUCUUGGCAUCCGUGAGGGAGGGCGUAGCCAGCCAGCCUGGACCAGACUCCCGGCUGCCUUAGCUCCAGAUAACGGAGGCCCGGAAGUUAGGUGCCUGGCGCUGGUGGGGGAAUCCGCUAGGGCUCAGGAGCGGGAGUUGGGCGGCCUUGGACACUUAACUUCCUCGUGGAUGGAACCGGGAAGGGCGCUGAGGCCAGCUGCCCCGGCUGCCAGGACCAUGGACCCCCUGGGUGGGGAGCUGCCAGCUAGGUUAGCCCCAGAAUGGCCCUCGGAAGGCUCUUCUGAAACAGAAGUGGAUUUGGGUCCUGGGAUCUGGCCCGUGGACAGCGGAGCAUCCACCUUGGCCAGUGCUGUGAGUCUUCGCCAGCCCCGCCCCACGCACUUUGUGGCUCUCAUGGUGACCGAGCCAGAGCUGCAAGCUGCGGUGACUAAGGCCCAGGAAGAACUGGUACGAGUUGCACCGGCUUGUGCGACGUUCACAGUGCCAACUCAGGCCCUGCACCUGACACUGGCCCUGCUGAGGCUAGCGGGCCCUGGGGAAGUGGCGGCUGCAGCCACCACACUGAGAAGCGUGCUUUCAGACCCCAGGCUUCCGGUUCCUCCAAGGCUGAGGUUUGAGCGCCUGGUGCUCUUAGGUUCCCAUGUGCUCUGUGCCCCUCCCUCCCCCUCCCUGGACAGCAUGGCUCAAGGGCUGAGCCACAGACUAGAAGUCGAGGGGCUGAGAGUGUUGCAGCCCCCUGGAGGGCUACACCCACAUCUUACCCUAGCCAAGGUGCCCCAGGGCUCUGAAGUCUGCCUCCCCAAGCUGGGGUUCAGCCCAGGGCAGGAGCUGGGGAGCCAGCCCCUGGGGAAACUCUGGCUGUGCCGCAUGGGGAGGGCAGGGGGCACCUAUCAGGCCCUGGCUGAGAUCCCGCUGGGAUCUAAACUCCAAAAGAAAUAAGGGCCAGGACCCAACUGGGGGACAGCUGGUCCAAGAAGAGUACAGAUCAUGCACGCACACACUCUCUCUCUCUCUCUCUUUAAUUUUGGUUUCUCUCAAGCUUCCAAAUGGUGCUCAGUGCUCCAAGGAAAGAAUGAAGGAAGGAAAGGGUAAGGGGAGAGGGAGGGGAGGGGAGGCAGAGGAGGAACAUCUGGAAAAAAAGCAGCCUGACAGUCCAGCUGUUUGCAAACUGAUUGCACAUCCUCCAGUUACAUGGCAGAAGAGGGGGGAGGACGGAAAAGAAAAGGGGAGGAAGAAAAAAUAACUUAAACACACACAAAAAGAAAAGAGAAGGAAACAUGACGUGAGCUGGUGAUCCAUGAGGCGGGAGGGAGGGGUAACCGGUUUACCUGUGCUGAACCAAGGGAGGGGGAGCAGGGGGAGGAGGGACGGAAAGGAGAAAAAAAAACCAGAAGAAACAUUGGGGGUGGAGGGAGGAGGGGACACGGAGACAACUUAAUACAACUGCAGAC